UGUCGUGGAGGUCCAGUGCCAGGUUUUUCAGCAGCCUCUGUCUGUAUCUGGCAGCAGCGCAGCAUGAAAGCAGUGGGAAACAGAAACACUAUGGCUGCCACUCUGUCUCUUACUCAGCUCUCCAGUGGAAAUCCCAUCUAUGACAAAUACUAUCGGCAGGUUGAUCCAACUGGCAGUGGGCGGGUGGCAGCGGCUGAUGCAGCUCUGUUCCUGAAGAGGUCAGGCUUGGCUGACUUGGUCCUGGGGAAGAUCUGGGAUUUGGCAGACUCUGAACGUAAAGGUUCUCUUAACAAGCAGCAAUUCUUCAUAGCAUUGCGGUUGGUGGCCUGUGCUCAAAAUGGCCUGGAGGUGGCGCUCAAGAGCCUUAAUGUGGCUGUUCCUCCUCCCAAAUUUCAUGAUACAAGCAGCCCGCUGUUAGCAGGAGGCGUGGCUGUUGACAUUCCCUGGGUCGUAAAGCCUGAGGAGAAGAUGAAGUUUGACUCCAUCUUUGACAGUCUGGGUCCAGUAGGAGGGAUUCUAACAGGAGACAAGGUCAAGCCUGUCCUGCUUAACUCCAAACUGCCAGUGGACAUCCUCGGCAGGGUGUGGGAGCUCAGUGACCUCGACAGAGAUGGCAUGUUGGACAGAGAUGAAUUUUCUGUGGCCAUGUAUCUGGUGUACAGAGCUCUGGAGGGGGAGCCUGUUCCCAUGUCCCUACCACCUCCCCUGGUUCCACCCUCCAAGAGGAAAAAACCCUCAGUGCCUCCCGUGAUGCCCCUGUUACCCUCGCCCCCCUCAGUCAAAGACAGUCGCUCCUCCCACGCUGGCUCUAAGACCAUGCCCCACCCCCCUAAACCUGUCCCAGCUCCUGUCCCAACACCAGCAGCUGCCCCUAACAAGACAAGAGGGAGUGUGAAGUGGGUGGUGUCGCCAGCAGACAAAGCAAAGUAUGAUGAGCUAUUCAACAAGACAGACAGUGACAUGGACGGCCUCGUGUCUGGACCUGAAGUCAGAGAUAUCUUCCUCAAGACUGGGCUGCCCUCUGGCACACUCGCACGUAUCUGGGAGCUUUGUGACAUUGGAGACAUCGGGAAACUGACCCGAGAGCAGUUUGCCCUGGCGCUUCAUCUGAUCAGUCAGAAGCUGACUAAAGGCCUGGAUCCUCCACAGAGUCUCUCGCCAGAGAUGAUCCCUCCAGCUGACAGACAAAACAUCAAACAGAACAACGUGGUUAACCUUGCAGCUGACUUCUCUGCCAUCAAGGAGCUGGACUCUCUCAGCAACGAGAUUGUCGAACUUCAAAGGGAAAAAAGCUCUGUGGAAGAGGAGAUCAAGGAGAAGGAGGAGGCCAUCAGAGAGCGCACCAACGAAGUGCAGGAGUUACAGGAUGAAGUCGCAAGGGAGAGUGAGGAGCUACAGCGGCUCCAGGCUCAGCGUCAGAAGGUCCAGGAGGCCUUGGAGGAGUUGGACCAACAGAAAGGCUCCCUGGAAGAGCAGCUGACUCAUAUUCGCCAGCAGACCAGCCAAGAGACCACACUGAUUUCUUCACUGCAGUCGGAGCAUGAGGAGCAGGAACAGAGGAUAUGUCAGUAUGAGGAGGAGCUGGUCCAGGCCCGGGAGGAGCUCCUUGCUCUGCAGGAGGAGAGCAGGAGGCUGCAGGAGAAGGUCCAGGCCGCUCAGGAGCAGCUCACACCUCUGCAAGAGUCCGUCCGUGACUCCUUUACACAAGUGGCACAGGUUCAGCAGAAACUGAACGACCUUCAGGUGGAGGAGAGGUCAGUAACUGCCCAGCUCAGCUGGAAGAGAGCCCUGGAGGAUAGCUCUCCUGUCAUGGUCAAUGGAUCAGCAGGCUUCACUGCAGAGCUGUACCAGGGAGACCCCUUCCAGCAGGACGUCUUCCAGGAGGACCAGCCCAAAGAGCUGAAGGAGGAAGAACCAGCUGCUGUCUGCAGUCAGCAGAAAGAACAUUCAGAAGAGAAAGGAGGAGUGAACGAGAGAGAAGAGGAAGAAGAGCAGGAGGAAGAGAGCCCAAAGACUCCAGACGAGGAAAAGCUGAAACCUGAUCCCUUGGAUGAUCUCUAUACUAGUCUAGCCUCCUCUGAGAUGUACAAUAAUGUGUCGACUCUCGCCAAGCCACAGGAGAACACCGUUAGGGAACACCGUAGCCCUAUACCCAACGUCUCCUCGGAGGUCUUAGAUGAUGCAGAGGAAUCACCUAAAGAGGUUGCACUGCCAGAGCCAGAGAGCAAAGAGGAGCCUGCAAAGUUCCCAGAAACAACCACCUCCUCGUUACCACCUCAAGUCGGCCCUCGCUCAAUGCCGCCUCAGACCAGCCCUCCCUCCCUACCUGAGAUGGACUUCUUCCAUUCAGACCCCUUUACUGACCAUGAUCCAUUCAAAGAGGAUCUGUUUGGAAAAGCAGAUGUUGCAGAUCCAUUCGGAGGAGAUCCAUUCAAAGGGUCAGACCCCUUUGCUGCAGACUCUUUCUUCACACAGACCUCCAGUGCUGCCUUUUCCUCAGACGACCCUUUCUCUGCCUCAGCUGACCCAUUUGGUACCACUACUGGCAUGCCAGAACCAGACCUUUUUGCUGCCAAGCUGAAUGAUGCAGCAGCUGCACCAGCAGCAGGUCCAGAUCCCUUCAUCUCUAAACCCACCAAUCCAGCUUUAGCAGCCAAGGAUCCAUUCAGCUCUACAGGGAACAAUAUGGCAGAUUCUGACCCAUUUGGAGGCAAGAUAAACACCAGUGGAGAGGCGGAUCCAUUUGGUUCUCAGGACGGAGGGGCAGAUCCCUUCAGCUGCUCUCCACCCAGCUCUGAUCUGGCUGUGAAGGACACCGCAGCAACCAAUGACCCUUUUGCUCCAGGUGGUACUACAGUGAGCGCCAGCUCAGAUCCAGAUCCAUUUGCUGCUGUGUUUGGUAAUGAAUCAUUUGGAGGAGGCUUUGCAGAUUUCAGUGCCCUAACAAAGUCAAACGGUGCUGACCAGUUUGGCAUCAACAAUAAGAACCUGUUCCAGGAAGACGGCCAGUCUGCUGGCCCUGACGUGCCCCCAGCCCUGCCCCCAAAAACGGGUACGCCAACUAGACCACCUCCUCCACCUCCAGGUAAGAGAUCGUCCAUCUCCAGAACAGAGUCCUCUGACUCCUUCCAACGACGAGGGCCCUUCCUCCCACAGCCUUCAGGAGACUUCACCUGCUCAGCCUCCUCCUGUUCCUUGCCUGCUAAGGAUCCUUUAGCCGACCCCUUCGCCCCCUCCUCCCCUCCUCGUCAGAGCGUACGGGAAGCUGAUCGAUUUGCCAGCUUUGACAAAUAUCCAACAGAGGAAGACAUGAUAGAGUGGGCAAAGCGCGAGAGCGAGCGAGAGGAAAAGGAGCGACUUGCCAGGCUCACCCAGCAGGAACAAGAGGACCUGGAGCUGGCCAUCGCACUCAGCAAGUCUGAACUCUCCUGAGGAGCUCGUUCCCCUCCACUCCUCCACUGGCCCGGCCCGGCCUGGCUUGGCACAGCACAGCCUGGCUCAGCCCAGAAAACACCAAAGCAAAGUGGGGACUGUAUAGGACUGAUUCAGCAGCACCUGCUGACCCCAUGAAGAGACUUUCUUAGAAUAAACCUAUCUCUGAAUCUUUCAACGCCCUUCUCCCCAGACUGCAUUCACUGUUCAUCGGCAUUGCACUAUCGUGUUUUUCCAUCCUGUUGGUCUCUGUGGUUUCGUUUGGAGGAGAUGACCAAGAUAAAGUGUAUGCUUUACAGAAUGGAUUGUUGAAUGAAAUGCAGUGAAUAUGGACUUAGAGAUUGUCAAAUAUUAACAUUAACUCUCCGGAAUGUAAUUUAUUUAAACAAAACUAGAUGAAAUGGCCUUGUCAAAAGUCCUGUCUUUAUCCACUAACAGUACUCACUACACUACUAAAUCUCAGAGAUUUCUUUAAUUCAAAAUAGACUUAGCCCCCAAAUCUCCCAAUUUCCUUCCAGCCCUUGGUUAAUUCUCUGAAACUAAAUUGUGAACUGUGUGUAGUUUCAAGACAACAAGCUGGGAAAAUGUGCGUUUUUUUGGAGCCACUGUAACAAAAUUUAAGAGUGCGAGUCAGUGCUUUUGAAAUGGGGUGACCAUGUACAUUUUCAGUCCUGUAUGAUGGCAGGGGGCCUAUGAGAUUUGUCUUUUUUCUUUUUGUUCAGGACAGGUGACAGAAUUCAACAUUUCUACAUUUUUAACUGGAAGUUAUUAGUCCUCUAAUAUGUGAAAUGCACAUGCAGAUUUAUACUAAAAUUGAACAAAUCCAUCACAGAUACUACAUUCAGCUUCUAGAUAUUUUAAUUUCUUUUAAAUUUCAGUAGCGCAUUGUUUUGCCAUGUUAGAAAGUUUUAUUUUUUGGAAGAUACUGAAAAGAAUGAAACUACGUCUAUUACAUGUAAUGAUUACAUAUUGAUUAGCAUUACAUUUCAGGGCACACUACAAGGGAUUGCACAAAGCAAGAGAUAUACAUCUGAGUCCAACAUUCAAUAUCUGAGAUUGAGAUAAUGCAGGUCUAAAAGUGUUAUUUUGUCACCCAGAUACUUAAUUAUUAAAAAAUAAACAUUUUAUUAAUGUGGCCUGAGAUUAAACAAUGUUGUUUUUUGCUGAAAUGUGGCAGCAAAACUGGUGUAUUUGGACAUUAAUAGACAAACAGUUCAAACAUAGAAACUGUGUUGUCAUAAAUAAUGUAUGAGUAUUGAAAAACAGAUUUAUACCCACUUGCUGCUCUGUUUACUCAUACAUUAAAUGAAUAGUAUUUGUGAAUCUGGAUUUAUCCACAUAGAGGAACCCUCCCCCCUACUGGGAGGCCAAAGGUCAGUGAUAGGCAUUACUGAAUGACACUUCAGCAGCAUGGAUGCUGGUUGGGUAACUGGUUGGUUUUUGGUUUUUAGUGAGAGAAGUGUAUGAAAAAAGAUCAACUCCCUGAAGUAGUCAAUAUCAAUUUCACAAAUCUCACACCAGGUCCCAUUUCAGAAUGUGCCACUGUUGGUGCUUCUUUUGUUAGCAUUUGUAGAAACGUUUUGUUUUCCCAGGAGAUGCUUCCUAACUAAUUGGAUUUCAAAGUCUUACACAAAGUCAGUAAAAGUUGUUUCUGUGUUUCUCUGCGUUUUGGUGGAACAGUUUGUCUUCUGUCUGUCCACUUCAGGCUCUGUGGGGAUUGAACUUGCAAAAAACCUGCUGUGUGUUGUGAGGAUUAACGCUCCCGCUGCACUGCAUCCUCAUUCCUGUCAACGGCCACACAGCAGUUAGUCGGCCAGUGAUUCUUCUUCUUGCUGCGUAAUUUUGUGUUUCUCCCAGAAAAUGAACAAAGUUACUUAACACUUAGUGCUAAACUGUGAUAGACCGUUUCUGAACAAGGGAAGGGUUGUUUGAAGAGCAGGAGGCCUUUGUUUUCAUUUUCUUUGCUAAUUUCUGACCAAACGAUGCACAACAUUUUGGACACCUCUUCCUGUUCUCUUUUCGGCCUUGUUAAGAGUGAGCGUCAUCAUAGUUUCCUCUUCUCAUGUUUAACCAGUUUACUGUCUGUGGUUGAUGCUGCACUUCCUAUUCGGUGUGUCGCUCAUAUUGCAGUUCAUGUUACUUGUAAAUUCAGGAGAACAGGAGUUGUCCGUCUGUUCUUCACCUUCACAGCUGAGUCUCUUGUCAUAGUUUCAUUUAAAGGUCACCAGACACUUGACUGUCAUUUGUACAGACUCCUCAAUUUUUACAAAUCUCAAACCACUUAUGUUUCUAGGCUUACCCAUAAAGGCUUUUUAAAACUCAAGCUAAUUUUAUUUUAUUUUGUAUUUUCUAACAUGUAAGAAAGAAUCCUUACUGGGAGCUUUGGCCAGAGUAUGUAAUGCAUUUAAUUCAAACAGAAUAAAUAUUAAACGUGUA